AUGGCAUCACAAUCACCCGCCCAGCCGGCCUCCUUACCGCCAUUGGCCUCAGGCAUCCCCAACCUCAAAGACAGAAUCCCAAAGCUCGAGCCUCGCAGAAGGAGACCCGGCCCCGCCAACCCAACGCCUCUUCCUCAGACUCCGGCGCUGCCCUCGCCACCGGACUUGACGGGCUGGAGCUUCAAGGCGCCGAGCAGACGCAUUCUUUCAAGGAGCGACCAUGACUUAUUCCUGGCUUCUCCAACGUAUAAUCUCAUCGCGGCAUGGGUCUUUGGCCUGUCGGAAUCCGUGGUCGAUACGCCCAAAUCUGUUAUCAAGGACGACUCCCUAAGUGGACCGGUGAAGGCAAUCUUGAGCAUUUUGGACCGAGCAGAAACUUUCGUCUCUCAGUCCCCUCCUGACGAGCAAGGCGGCUCUCGAUUCGGCAACAAGGCGUUCAGGGGCUUCCUUGAUCUAGUCGGUGAGAAUGUCCCGGCAUGGCACCAAAGCCUUGGUCUGCACAACGCCGAGGCCACCGCCGAGGCAUCUGCAUACUUUCUCCAGUCCUUUGGUAACCGGAACCGUAUCGAUUACGGCUCAGGGCACGAGCUCAACUUCAUGAUGUGGCUUCUAUGUCUCUACCAGCUCGGCAUUCUACAGCGAUCCGACUUCCAGGCCCUUGUCCUGCGAGUCUUUGUUCGCUACCUCUCUUUAAUGCGUGUCAUUCAAAUGGCAUAUUAUCUGGAGCCGGCCGGUUCCCAUGGCGUUUGGGGACUCGACGAUUACCAGUUCUUGCCAUUCCUCUUCGGCGCCUCUCAGCUCCUGCACCACCCGUACAUCACCCCUCGCGGCAUCCACCAGGACCUCACAGUCGAAGAAUUCGGCGAUGACUAUUUGUAUCUCGGCCAAGUCAACUUUGUCAACAGCACAAAGACCGUCAAAGGCCUACGGUGGCACAGCCCCAUGCUGGACGACAUCUCCUCCUCCAAAUCAUGGACCAAAAUCGACGGCGGCAUGCGCCGCAUGUUUGUCGCCGAAGUGCUGGGAAAACUGCCCGUCAUGCAGCAUUUCCUGUUUGGAUCGCUCAUUCCUGCUGCCGAAGGCAUGAGCGAAGCAGACCCGUCCGCUGCCAAUGAAGACAGCGGCGAGGAUCAUUCCCAUCACGAUCAUACUACUCAGGCACACGACGGCACGGGCUGGGGCGAUUGCUGCGGCAUCAAAGUGCCCAGCAGCAUCGCAGCCGCUCAGGAGAUGAAGAAGGGAGGGCAUGUGGAAACGCUUCGCAGAAUUCCGUUUGAUUAA